AUGUACCGGCUUCUCCUCCGCCGCUUCUCCACGGCUGCCGAGGGUGCUGCCACCGCCUCUCCCUCCCCCUCCACCUCCAUGUCCCCGACCCUGCGGCAACCUCUGCCGGACGACCUGUACCGCCGCAUCAUGAAUGUCGGGCGCCCAUCCAUCCCGCUAUCCCCCGUCCUGGAGCAAUGGGAACAAGAAGGCCAUACCGUCAAGAAGUUCGUCAUCCAGGCCAUCGUCAAGAAGCUCGUCGGCCUCCGCCGCUUCGCCCACGCACUCGAGCUAUCGUUCUGGAUGACCGACCGGAGGCACCUCCACCUGUCGGCCGGUGACGUCGCGUACCGGCUGGACCUAAUCAGCAAGGUGCACGGUCUUGAGAAAGCUGUCGAGUACUUUGGCAUGGUACCGAAGCAGCUGAGGAAACCGCAGUGCUACGGCUCCCUCCUGAAAUGCUAUGUGGAGGCGAAGGCCGUCGACAAGGCUGAGGAGCACUUCGCUAAGAUGCAGGAGAUGGGGAUGAAGAGUUCUUAUGCAUACACUUCGAUGAUGAAGCUUUACUUAGAGACUGGGCAGCUUGAAAGGGUGCACGCCAUGUUCCAGGACAUGGAAGAGAAAGGUGUGAAACCUGAUACGUUCAGUGUGGAGAGUAUGUUAGCUGCGUACAUUGCUGCUGAAGAUGUCGAGGGGGUUGGUAAGGUGCUCGACAAGGCCAAUCCACACGAGAAGCUUGUGAGUUGGCAUGGACAUGCUUUGGCAGCGAGCUUGUUCAUGAAAUCUGGGAUGCAGGUGAGGGCUGUCAUGGCUCUCCUGGAAGCCGAGAGGCGGAUAUCUCCAAAGAGUAGUAGGAUUGCAUACGCUUUCUUACUCAAGACCUAUACUGAUCUGGGGAUGUAUCCUGAGGUUGGACGCAUUUGGAGUGUCUACAAAUCCAAAGUGCCACCGUGCAACACGAUGUACUUGUCGAGGAUAAGUGCGUUACUCAAGAUGAACGACAUUGAUGGGGCGGAGGCAACAUUGAAAGAGUGGGAAACGGUCUGUCUUCGUUAUCAUGAUUUCAGAUUAAUCAACUUGAUGGUUGAUGCUUAUUGCAGAGACGGUCUUGUGGAGAAGGCAGUAGCUCUUGUGGAUGACGCCAUCAAGAAAGGGAGGACACCUUACGCUAAUACUUGGUAUAAGUUGGCUGGUGGAUUUUUUAAAACUGGUGAGGUACCAAAAGCAGUGGACAUGACAAGGGAGGCUCUUGAUUCUGCGACUCCUCCAUGGAAACCUGACCUCACAAAUGUGCUAAUGAGCCUGGAGCACUUCAUGAAACAGAAGGAUGUAGAAGCAGCUGAGGAGAUGGCGAGUAUGCUACAGAAGCUGGAUCCUUUGACUAGGGAUGUUUACCAUUGUUUACUGAAGAUAUAUGUCCGUGUGGGAAAGCCGGUGUCCGAUUUGCUCGAGCGAAUGAAGAAAGAUGGACUUGAGGCUGAUGAGGAAACAGAGAGAAUCCUCGCAGGAGAAUGCGAGUAG